AUGGACUCGUCCUACCAUCCCUACCGAGAGGGUUCUGCUCGGUCACCUGGUGAUCGUGGCUGGGGCAGAGGUGACGACAGAAUCAAAGACGAAAGGGACAACUUUUAUCGUGGCAGAUCUCCUGCCGACCGCAGCAGACGUCGUUCAAGAUCCCCGGCCCCGCUUGACCGGUACGAGCCCAGAGCCCGCACACGAGACGAUUACCCGACCCGCGAUCUCCGCGAUCCCCGUGACAACCGUGACACCCGCGACCCUCGCGAUCGCGAUGACCAGUCGAGACGCAUCCGAUCCCCUCCGGCCAACAUUGACCGCUACGUUCCCGGCCAGGAUGUGGCCCCGAUCCAACCUCUAGCCAACCCCAUUCCAGACCCGAUCAAGCUCCCGUACCAAGUCGGCUUCUCAUAUUACGGCGAGUGGUGGAGGGCGAACGAGAAAAUCAAGGAGGAAAAGGAGAGGUUGCGCACUGGCCGCCGCCAUGAGCCCGAGCGUGUCCGCGGUCCGGAGGAGCGUGAGAAGGAAAAGGCCAAGAUUCAGGCCGCCUACGAUGCCUACAAGGAAGAACUCCAAGCAAAGAUGGCACAAACUUUUGUCAGACAACACAAGGACGAGCAAUGGUUCAGGGAACGCUACGUCCCAGAAAUCAGAGACGGUUUCAGGAAGCAACUCAACGAGUUCCGCCGUGGCGCCUACACCCAGUGGGAGCAAGACCUUGAGACCGGCACCUUUGACGAGUUCUCUCUGGAGGGCAUCCCCAAGAGUGAGAGCAACGGUGCUGGCGGUGUCGUGGAAAAGGAAGAAGGUGAGGCAACUGCUGCGAACGAGGUUCUCGGCGUUGGUGACUUGGUCCCAGCCAAUAAUGCCGACAUCAGGGACGAGAAUCUCUUCCAGCCCACUCUCCUCAUCAAGACUAUUGCCCCGUCUGUCAGCCGUCAGAACCUGGAGGCCUUUUGCAAGGAACAUCUUGGUGAGGAAGAGGGCGGCUUUAAAAGCUCUCCCAUCGCUCAGGAUGAAAUGAAAGACGAAGAUGACGAGGGCGAAGGCAAGCCUCCCGUCCCCAACACUGCCGAAAAGGCCCUGGAGGCCAUCAAUGGCAAGACCGUUAAAGACGAACAGCGCGGUGAUUUCACAUGCCACGUAGGCGUACACAAUCCCCCCGUGAACCCCAGGAAGAAGGCUCUCUGGGACCUCUUCUCUGCACCUGAACGCAUCGAGAAGGACCUCGAGCUUGUCAGACGUCUUGUCAACAAGUUCGAAGAGGACUUCGGCUCUGACUUCAACGCCACACUCAAGAUCGAUGAGCGCGUAGAGGACCUGAGGGCUGCCGGUCGCCUGCAGCCUGCGGUUUCUGCUUCUGGCAUCAAGAAAGAGAAGAUCAAGAAGAAGAAGUCUAUCGGCAUGGAUGAAGCCAUGGACGAAGAGGGCGAAGAACACGAAAGUGAUGAUGACAAUGAAGAUGAGGGGACGGUUGACGACGAAGUCGAUGACGAAGAUUUGCUCGUCAAGAAGAAGCAGUUGGAUCUCAUGAUUGAGUAUCUUCGCCGCGUCUUCAACUUUUGCUUCUUUUGCGUCUUUGAGAGUGACUCGAUCCAUGAGUUGACGAGGAAGUGCCCUGGUGGCCAUCUGCGCAGACCCCGUAGCACGCUCUCAUCGUCAGCCAAGGCUGUCGCUCGUGCCAGCGCGCUCGGUGAACCUUUCCCUUCCAAGAAGCGCAAGGACGCCGAAGAGGUUGAGGAAGGUGAGGCGCCUGAGGGCGGUGAGCGCAAGUUCCGCACGUCCUCCAAGACCGAGCAACAGCUGCAGCGUGCGUACAACUGGGUCAAGACCUUUGAAGACAAGAUCAUGCAGAUCCUUGAGCCCGAUACGGUUGACAUCAGGAAGUUGGGCGGUAAGCCUGUUGAGGAUGCCAUUAACGAUGAGCUCGCCAAGUACGUCAAGCAGGAAGAUGAGAACAAGUGGAGGUGCAAGGUGCCCGACUGCACCAAGCUCUUCAAGGAGGACCAUUUCUGGAAGAAGCACGUUGAGAAGCGCCACAACGACUGGCUGGAUAAGCUCAAGGAAGAGAUCGCCUUGGUUAAUGCCUAUGUUAUCGACCCUGCACAUAUUGCGCCGUCCAGGACCGACGCCAACUCCAAUGGCCACUUCCCGCCUUCCAACGGCCAGCAACCGACUGGAACCCCGCGUGGCUUCAACCUACAGAAUUAUGCCAUGAACAGCAUGCUGAACUUCCCAGGCUUCCCCAUCCCAUCCAUGUUCCCCAACAUGAUGAACGCUGGUGCCAUGACCGGUGCGGCGUCCAACUGGCAUGCUGCUGGUGGUGACGACCGCAGUGGUGCAGGUGGUCCUAUCCGCCGUGGCGGUCCCAUGGGCGGUGCCGGAGGCAGAUUUCAGAGUCGUACUGGUCCCUACGACCGCAGGCCGAACCCUCGGUAUGCAGGAGGCAUGGAAGGUGGAAUGGCCGGUCGCGGUCGUGGCGUGGGAGGUCCUGCCAACCGCUGGGGCGAUGGCGCUGCUGGUAAUGCCGCUAUGGGCCCUCGUGAGGCGGUCCAAGGAAGGACCCUCAAGAGCUACGAGGAUUUGGAUGCCACGGCUGGAGGAAACGGUGGCGAGCUCAACUACUAA